AUGGAGGCCCUUUCGCCACGCACUACGAACCAGAUGAUAAAGCCCAAACUGGCUAUGGAUCGUAAGGCUUUCGACAAGAAUACUGCGCCGCCAAGCGUGCAACCAAAAUCCUCAUCAGCCAAGAACCACGCCGAACCGCCGCCGUCAAUAGUUUCAGAGCCGGAAGAUGGCGGGGAGCGAUACUCGAUAGGCGCAUUUCUAGGGAAGGGUGGAUUUGCAGUUUGCUAUGAAGGUGCAUUGGCGCGCAACGGUCGCGUGUAUGCCAUGAAGGUGGUAAAAUCACAGAUGCCACAGAAAAAGAUGGAGGAAAAGUUUCGGACAGAACUCCAAAUUCACUCCAAAAUGCGACACCCGUUCGUCGUUCAGUUUUACCGCGCAUUCGCUUUUGAAUCUAGCACAUACGUCGUUCUAGAGCUAUGUCCAAACGGAUCGGUGAUGGAUAUGGUACGGAAACGUCGAUGUCUCAGCUUACCCGAAGUGCGACGAUUCAUGAUUCAGCUCUGUGCAGCAGUCAAAUAUCUUCACAAGCGAUUUGUCGCACACCGCGACUUGAAAAUGGGAAACCUGUUCCUAGAUCACAACAUGAACAUCAAAGUUGGAGAUUUCGGACUUGCAGCGAUGAUUCUCUCAGACAAGGAUGCAAAGCGACGAAACACGCUAUGUGGAACCCCCAACUACAUCGCUCCUGAGGUUCUUGAUAAGAGCAAAGGGGGCCAUACACAAAAAGUGGACAUUUGGUCAUUGGGGGUUAUUUGCUUCGCCAUGCUCACUGGAUACCCGCCUUUCCAAUCAAAAACCCAAGAAGAAAUUUACAAAAAGGUCCGAAACUUGAGCUAUGCUUGGCCCAAGGAAUCAGACACCAACAAUUUCAUUCCGGAAGAAGCAAAGGAUCUCGUGACUAGCUGCUUGAAUCUAGUUGACGAGGAACGACCAGACCCGGAUGAUAUUGUUGAGCACCCAUUCUUCACCAUGUACGAUGGCUGUAUUCCCCGCCAAUUGGAUGCAGGUUGCCGUUACAACAAGCCACUAUGGCUCAAGGAUGCUUCCCCACGGGGUGAUUGUAUGGUGGGUGGCUAUGGCUUGGAUUCUGACGAAAAGCUUCGCGCCUACGUGUAUCAAGUGGACGACCCCAGCCAGCGGUAUCAUUCCUGCAAGGCUGCCUUCUAUUCCCUCUGCGGAGUUGGAAAAAAGCCCGAUGGAUCGGCUCGAAAGUCUGUGGGGAGGAACUGCUCCAAAUCAGCCUAUGCUGAGUGCGAUGCAGAGGACCAGAGAGGUUUGCGUCCAGUUAUUCCGCUGACCCCUGACUAUGUUUACCGAUGGCCACACGAUCUCGAUGGAGAUUGGUGCCUGUUGGAAACUUCUCGCAAGGUCCGCAGCGAAGAGUCAAUGCUUGACAGCAGCACUCUUUCAAGGCGCAGUGUUGCAGCUCGGCCUAACCCCGUAGCAGCUUCGCGAACCAACGCUGCUCUGCUUGCUGCUCAACAAAGACGUAUGGAGGGCCAGAGUCACGCUGCGACCCUUCGUCAACAAGCUCGUGUGCCUCCUUUGUCACCUAGAAAGGGACCCGGGAUUAGCGAACCUCCGGCCUCAUCCAGACCAUACCGCGAUGCUCCAGAGCCAGAUCCGAAGCUGCCUUUGGCCCCUGGAAUACCCGCCGGUGGUCUAGCGGAACGUCCCAUCCGCACGCGAAGAAUGGCAUCUGCAUCUCAAGCAACGACUCUGCGUAGCAAGGAAAGAGAUGUUGUUCCUCAAUUAACCAAGUCAACAAGCAUGCCAUCUGGCUUGACUGUAGGCAAAACGCGUUCUCAGUCUCGCAGAUUGGCAGCCGCUGACCAGGAGUUGCCGCAGGCUUCCAUCCCAACGAGAGAACGGCAACCAUCUACAAUCCCCGAGGAACGCAAAGUGCCCACCCGGCAGACAUCCCUACGAUCAUCUUCAAGGAUGGAGCCGAAGACUAUUGCGGAGAGAAAUGAGCGUCAAAGGGCCAGCCCUGUCGAGGAAGGUGUACGAUCGUUGUCUAUCCAGUCCAAGUCUUCGUCUGCGUGUACUGGACUAGCCCGAUCCGACUCCAAUGGAAUAAGUCGGUCUAACAGUAAGACCGCCGGUAGGGCCCGCUCCAGUCUAGGAUUGAGCCCCCUUUUCCACACUGAAGACCUUUGCGAGCUUCUUCCUAGGACUUCGUUGACCGAAGUCAACACUGACCUUCGCCUGUUGCUGUCCAACUUGAUCAAUCAUGCACCUAGUCGUCGACGCGGCGGAGCAAGGAAGCAGCCUCACGCCUACGUUAUUAAAUGGGUUGACUACACAAAUCGCUAUGGCAUCGGGUAUGUCUUGGAUGAUGGAAGUGUUGGAUGUGCCUUCAAGGGAGAGAAUGGACAACCAGCAACGAGUGUCGUGGUCCGAGACGGGGAGAGACAUAUUCGUCGCAAGGCGCGAAGUGUCGACGACGGCGAAAUGAAACCACUGUUUUACUCCGAAUCGGAUCAGCUCGUUCCUCGCAACGGACGUGCGGUUGAGUUCUACGAAAACAGGGACGAUGACUUGUUAGGGUGCCGCGGCAUCCGGCGAGCAAUGAUCUCUCCGUCGCUUUUCGACAAGAGCUCAAAGGCGAUGCGAACUCGCACCCAGUCAGGUACUGAUUCCGAACGAGCCGAUGCCGAGAAAGUCAAGCGUAUGAAGCUAGUGGACCAAUUCGGCAAAUACAUGAUUGGGGCCCUCGGUCGCCAUGGCGACGAAGGUAUCAUGGACGACGACAUCCCCCAACAGAACAGCGGCCAGUUCAUCAAGUUCUAUCAGCGCCUCGGCAAUGUUGGAAUCUGGGGCUUCGGAGACGGCGCCUUCCAGUUCAACUUCCCCGACCACACCAAGCUUGUCAUCUCGCCUGGCCGCACCCGCAGCUCAUCUCCUUGGAUCGACUUCUACCAUCUCUCGCCAUCGGCCGCUCGCUACUUCGCCGCCAAGGGCAAGAUGCACCCGAACGGAUUUGAUACACGAGCCGUCGCCUCAGACGAAGCUGCCACAUUCCUCAGCAUCGCCAACGGCGACUCGGUGAACUCGAUAGAAGACCGGAUCCGCGAUAUCUUAGACGCCAACGCCUUCAUCCAGAAAAUUGCUUUCAUCAAAGAUACCAUUAAAGUCUGGAUCAAGAAUGGUCGUCUUGGUGGUCGGCCAUCCUCUGCUGACAUGGCUUCCGCGGAUCCAUCCACACCUACGGAAAUGUUCUGGCAGGGGACCCAAGAACGAUCGCAGCCCAAUACUCCCGGCACGAAGUUCGUCUGGGUAACAGUUGGAGCCCCGGACGGCGAUGGCCAAUACCAGUCCAUGAUGCUGAAAGAUAGUGAUCGAGAGCGUAUGGCUAAGCGUGCUAGCACGGAUUAUGAGAAAGAGAUGGACGCAUUGAAAGAUCGGCUUCGAGCUCUUAAUCGUUGA